AUGCGCUACUGCCUCGGAGACCCAACUGAAUACGGUGCCAUCUGGGCCGCCCUCGCAUUUAUGCCUUUCGGUCUGUUCUUCGACUUUAUGGAUGGCAAGGUCGCAAGGUGGCGCAAGAAGUCGUCUCUCAUGGGGCAAGAACUUGACUCGCUAGCGGACUUGAUCUCCUUCGGUCUCGCUCCCGCCGCUGCUGCAUUCGCUCUUGGUAUCCGGACCUCGCUUGAUCACGUCUUCCUCACAUUCUUCGUUCUCUGCGGUCUGACCCGCCUCGCUCGGUUCAACGUGACUGUAGCCGUGCUGCCCAAGGACCAUACUGGCAAAUCCAAGUACUUCGAAGGCACGCCUAUUCCGACCACUCUGUCAAUCGCUUCCCUUAUGGCCUACUGGGUCUCUCAAAGCUGGACACACGAGAACAUCCCUCUUGGUCUUGUCGCAGAAGGUACCAUCUUCGAAUUCCACCCCGUGGUCCUGAUGUUCGUUCUGCAUGGAUGCAUGAUGGUCAGCAAGACGAUACACAUCCCUAAGCCCUGA